AUGCCAACAAAAGACAAGCUGUAUAUUUCCGUCGACCUUUUCGCCCGCUGGAAGAUCACCGACCCUUUGCAAUAUUUUCUCCGACUUCGCGACGAACUCAGCGCCCAGUCCCGGCUCGACGACAUUUUGGGCAGCGAGACACGCAAUGCGGUUGCCAAGCACGAGCUGAUCGAAAUCAUCCGGACGACAAGAGGGCGCACCCCCUUGCGAGACACACUCCUCACAGACGAGGAACUUGCGCAGGAAAUCGGGUCGCUUGUUCCAAUCCAGAAAGGUCGUGCACUUGUCGAGAGGGAAAUAUUCGAAGCAGCGGCCGAGAAAGUCCGCGUCUUCGGAAUUGCACUGCUCGAUAUCCGCUUCAAGCGUAUCAACUACAAUGAAAGCGUCCGGCCAAAGAUUUACGACCGGAUGGUCUCGGAACGCCGGCAGAUUGCCGAACGCUUCCUGUCGGAGGGCAAUGGCGAGGCCGCACGUAUUCGCGGUAACCGUGUGCGCGAUCUGAACAAGAUCCAGUCCGAAGCCUAUCGCGCAGUGGAGGAAAUCCGGGGAGUGGCCGAUGCAGCCGCGGCCGACAUUUACGCCAGGGCCUACAACACAACCGUGCAAGCCGCGGAAUUCUACGAAUUCACGCGAACCAUGCAGGCUUACAAGGACAUGAUAUCCACCGGAACGACCCUUGUCUUGUCUACGGAGAGUGAUCUCUUCAAGUUCUUGAGGGGUAUGCAGGCGAAAGUCGAGAAACAGGAACGCCGCCAGCCAGAUAGCGGCGGCGAAUUGGUCAGUGACCUGACGGAGAGCAAGCAAUGA